CGUGCCGGUGACGCGGAGGCCACAGUCACGUGUCUCCGCCGCCAUGCUGUCCCGGCUGCUGAAGGAGCAUCAGUCGCGGCAGAGCGAGCGGCGCGAGCUGCAGGCCGCGGUGACGUCACGCCGCCCCUGUGACGUCACGGCAGAGCGGAGGCGCAGGGAGGCAAUCGCGGCCGCCACUCGGCUCACAGAGGCGCUGGUGGAUCACCUCAACGUGGGCGUGGCACAGGCCUAUGUGAACCAGCGGAAGCUGGACCACGAGGUGAAGACACUGCAAAUCCAGGCAGCACAGUUUGCCAAGCAGACAGGGCAAUGGAUCACCAUGGUGGAGAACUUCAACCAGGCCCUCAAGGAGAUUGGUGACGUGGAGAACUGGGCGCGCAGCAUCGAGAUGGACAUGAGGACCAUUGCCACCGCGCUGGAGUACGUGUACAAGGGACAGCUCCAGCCACCCUGCUCCUGACACCCCCGGGUCCCGACCGACCCCCCCCCCCCCCCGCAAUAAAGGCUG